UAUAGGUUCUAUGAACACAUUGAUACAUAUCUAGAAUAUGAAAGAAUAUGUUGCGAUGAUGAGAAUUGUCAAAUAUAUAAUAAAAAAUGCGAAUCAAUUGUUCCAGAAGACUAUGAUAAUGAAGAUAAACUUCUUAUUAUUUGUUCAAAAUUUCAUUGUUUAAUUGAAAAACUUUUAAAAUUAACACCUUCACAAGAUGAAAAAUUCCAUUUGGAAUACUUGAAUUAUUGGUUAAAUUAUGAAUUAAACAAGAUAUAUGCCCAAACUUAUCCCGUAGCAUUUUACAAAAAUGUGAAGUCCAAGGAUAAUAAAAAUAAUAUCUUGAAGAGAUUAGAUGGAAAAUUGUGUGACAUAGAUGAAAAUGAGAUGAAAAAUAUGAAUUGGUUAUUUUAUUUAUACAGAGAAUACUUUAAUUUUAUAAAAGCAAAUGUUAAACCUGAUGCAAUCAAAGGAAAUUUUAAACUGUACUCUAAUCCUAAACCUGAUAAAUACAAGGAAUUUGAAGCAAAAUGUCUUAAUGUAACAUCUUGUAGUAAAGCACUUUGUGCUUUCAAAAAAAAGUGUGAAAGAAUCAAAUUAAAAAUUCCAGAAUUAGAAGACUCCGAAAAAAAUGAGUUACCAUCAUUAAGUAAAUGUGAAAAUACUGAAGUGAAUGAUUAUUCAUUGAAGAAGGAUGAACAAAUUGAAAUGAAUGACGAAAAUAAUUUCCAUAUACCUACAAAUAUA